AUGUCAUAUAAGACAUUGUUAAUGCAAAAACCUAACCUCAAUACACUGAGGAAAAUACCACAAUACAGAAGGAGAAAAAUAUAGAAAAGUCUAUUUUACACUGCUGGCAAAAUGUUAAUGGACGUAAUUUGUUUUAUAUUUCAAACAUUACACGAUUUGCUUGUUCCAAAGUUACAAUUGAAAAGAGACGAAUAUGGAGGUCCGGAAAAUACACUAAAAAUAUUUGGAUAUGCGAUAGAUAAACUGGACAGUAUGAAGGAAAGCCGACCAUUCAUACAUGGUCUGAUAUUUGAAGACAAUAAGUAUCGAUAUUGCAAAGGUUUUAUAGGGUUUGUAUUUGGGACGUUUGUAGGAAUGGCGUUCUACGAGUAUAUCUUGAGUGGCCUGAAAAUUUCUAAAGACACAAUGUACUUCCUGGGCAAAAUGUCGACACUGCUAUUGGCAAUCGGGUGCAUGGUUUUCACGCAAAUAAGGUGCCUGGUGCUUAUCUGCUUACCGACGUUUUUUGGCUCUGCGGGAAGACACAUUUUUCAGGCACUGAUUCUGACCGCUGUGAUAUCAGGACCGGUGAGGAACGUCAUCCUGAACUUUGAAGAGGCCCAACGCAUGGUCUCCUGCAGCAACCGCAUGGCAUAUAACCUGUCCCAGGCGAGGUACGGCUUGCUGGUCAAACCGUUCAAAUUGGCAUUUUUGGGCACCAAGAUAGAGACAGAGGAACUUAAAGAUACCUUGGCAUCUGUGAAGAAUGUGGUGGAACCGUUAGCCCAGGAGAUAGAGGGGAAAGACGAUACAAAGUACAUCAAAGAGGAAAAUGACUACUUGGAUGCGGAAUUAGGUGACACAAAAAGAAGUGAAGAGAUGGCGAAUAAGUAUAGUUAUGAAGAGAAGAAGCAUUUUCCAUUUGUUCCUUUUGUUGUGAAUAUUAAUCUAACUGAAAACUUAAGUUCGGUGGCGGAAAAGUACCAAAACAAGUAUUACGAAAAAUUGGAACUACGAUGUGAAGGUGUGAAAACUUCAAUGACCAAAAGUUGCCACAGCGCUUUCCAUAACCUGUAUGACCGGUGCAUGGACACAUUCCACUGGACUUUCAACUGGGCCAUAUGUUGGGCGGUCAAGCUGACCUUCAUCUGUGACCUUGUCAGGAUGUUCUCGUACGGCAGCUACGAUUGUGACCCCAGCACGGCUGUGAGCGGAAGUAUGGGCACGAAAUACGCAUCGAUACUACAGACUGGGGCGAAGUUGAAGGCCAAGGUCGCCAAGGAAAAAACUCAGUACAAGAUCCACGAACCUCCUAAUUUCGUUUCACUGCGCUCCGUAAUUACCAUCAUAAAGGAGUUUCAUCAUGACAUGCUCUAUGCUAAUGAAGUUGUGACUCUUUCUGUCAAGUUAUUGCGGGCUAUUCUCGCCUUUUUGUUUAUUUGGGUGAUUAUAAAUGCUCAGAGCUACCACGAUAAGUUUGUCCAAGAACCGGCUCACGACAACAACUACAUCACAGCUCAGUUCCGUACGUUAGACGCUCAGAGGCACUUGGAAGGGAAGAAAACCGUUCUUCCGCUGAUGAAGCUGGAACGAUCAGAAACGGUCGAUCCGUACUCACCGUUCCUUCAACAAGUAGAGAUAGACGAGGAAUGGGGAAAAAACUUCUACGCUUUUAUGUUCCUUUUCCUGUUCAGUAUUCUCGCAUUGACGCUAGACGCAGUGUUGGCAUUAGGGUUGACCUGGAUAAACAAAAAUUUGCAGUUCUCUUAUAAGGAGAGUGGACAACACUCUUUCAGAAUAGAGGUGAUAGGCGUGGGUUUUAUCGCUUCAAUAGUGCGAUCCAUCAUAAAGCCAUUUGACUUCACCAAAGCACUCAAACAAGAGGUGUCCAACAGACAAUGUCUCCCGUACCCAAAGUACAUGUCGGUCACAACAUAUAUUCAGAUUUUUGGGUUCAUAUUUUGUCUGUACUGUAUGGAGUUUUGUGUAGGAUAUAUCAGGAGACUAAGGCGAGCCAUUUGUGCAUUUUAUUACAGAGAACAAGAAAAAAACAGGAUUGCAUUUCUGUACAAGAAGAUCUUGGACGAAAGAGCGCAGCUUAUACACAGAAAUAUAAAAGAGUUGGCUGAAAGGGCUGGUAACGUUGGUCUUUCGUUGGAACUGAGAGAAAUGUUCAUCCUGGCUCAGAGGUUCCCAAGCUGCACGCUUUUUCGGUUGGUUCCCUGGUCACGUGCAGCAUGUUGUAUCUGCAUGGAAGCUGAGGUCAAGAACCCACUACCUAUUGAAAAAUACACGUAUUGUGAACACUGUAAAAUCUUCUACUGCCCCGAGUGCUGGUUGAACUUUUCCCACACGUGUAUCGUCUGUCAUGCGUUGGCGAGAAAGGAUAAACUGGUUGAAAAAGGAAAAAGAGAUGCCAGUCACCUAAGUUUGCCACAAGGACUAAAUCCUCCCUCGGCUUCCGGAAGUGGUUUGCCUCCAGGAGGUAAUCCUCCGUCGACUUCAGGAAGUGGUUUGCCUCCAGGAGGAAAUCUUCCGUCGACUUCGGGAAGUGGUUUACCAAAAUAACAUAAUCUUCUUCGACCUCUACUAGAAAUGAAUUGGUUGUCUUCCAUCUUGUUUCCUAACACGCUCUGAGAGUUAACCGAUAUUUCUAAUUGAUUUGAACAUUUCGUCUGUUUCCAAAGUGAAACUUUUUAAAGUGAAUUGUAAUAUGUGUUUAAUCUUUUUUUACAUUAAUUAUAUUGAGAGUUAUAAAGA